CCGGCAUCACCGACGCAUAUUAAUCCAUUCGAAACUAAAUCGCAUUCGACUAAUGCAAGCGGUUCAGAUUUUCAAAGCAAUUCUCUUCAGCAGUUCAACAAGAAAUCUGCUUUUGGUGAUACAAGAAAAUCAAAAGCGCCAACAAAUAGACUAAAUGAGACAUCAUUGGAGAAUUUUAAAUCUUCCAGUUAUAUCGAGCUAGAACAGCUGAACUUUUCAACAAAUGGUACUAACCAUGAUGAUUUAGAGAAAGUUGUCGUAAGUGCUCAGAAUUCAUCACUUGAUUUUCAUGGCAAAGCCAAGGAUUCACAUGGAUCGUUGCUGAGAUAUAACAGUUUAAAAAGCUCUCGUGCCAAUCGUGUCGAACAAGAACAUGAUAAAAAGGAAAAGCGACGACGACGACGCCGUCGUGGUGGUUGGUGGAUUUUCCCGUGUCUUUGCUGUUCACCAGCAUGUUGCUUAGUAGUCGGCAUACUAACGGCGUUACUUUUAGCUGCCUUAGCAACAUUAAUCAUUGUACUCAUGAUGAACAAAAUAAAUGGCUCUACAUCAACAACUGCGACCACUACAACUACUACAUCGACUACAGCAACAUCUGCCACAACCACAACGACAACAUCAGUGACGACAACAACAUCAUCCACGAUACCAGCUCUACGUCGACGACCAGUACCAGUUCCACAUCAACCACAGCUACUACUUCGACGGCAACAACCUCAACAACAACAUCAAGCACUAGUUCGACAUCAACAACGAGCACGAGUUCAACAUCGACAACGGCUACAACAACAACGAGUACUAGUUCAACAUCAACAACCAGCACGAGUUCAACAUCAACCACAUCAACGUCAACAACUAGUACUAGUUCAACGUCAACCACUUCCACAUCAACAACUAGCACGAGUUCAACAUCAACCACAUCAACGUCAACAACUAGUACUAGUUCAACAUCAACCACGUCCACAUCAACAACCAGUACUACUUCAACAACAACAACGAGUACAAGCACAACAACAACAAGCGCCACAACUACCACAACAACAACACAAACAACUAGCACAACAAGUACAACAACAAGUACGGCAGCUACCGUUAGUAACAAUUACAUCAAAUACAUGCACUUCUGGGUGGAAAGGUAUUAUUGUAUUGUAUCAUUGUGAUAAUUGCCCAAAUGUACAGCCUUAUACCCAAUAUACUUAUACUUACACAGCUAUUGCAAAUUUGACUAGACUGACAUUCGCAUUCCGUGAAGAUGUAGGUGUCUUUGCACUUGAUACAGUAUCUGUAACAAGUAUAUUAGCACCUAGUGUUCAACUUCUUGCAAAUAAUGGUUUUGAAACUGGUUCUGAAUCAUCAUGGACUUAUUGUUGUCCAUCUACUGCAACGUCUUGGGCCGGUGUUGGAAAGUACUCUGACAAUAUUUAUAAUAUGGGUGUUACAUAUCAAUCUCAAUCGGGAACUUAUUUUUACUAUGAUGGAACAGGAUCUGGUUGUGAUUAUUUAUCUCAAAAGUUUUCGACAACCGUCGGUGGCACAUAUACGAUCUCGUAUUGGCUAUACAACUUAGGAAGUGGUUCAGCAAGUAGCGCUGAUGUUAUAAUGAGUCAUUAG